AUGUCAGGUACACUUUAUUUCUUACACAAUUUUUUAUCUUUUGAACUUGUUUCUACUUCCCAUAAAUCAUUUCUUAUGUUUCUUUCUGUUAAUCUUGAACCUUAUACGUAUAAACAAGCUAUUAAGUAUGAUUGUUGGAAACAUGCCAUGGAUCAAGAAAUACUUGCUCUUGAAAUAAACAAAACAUGGAUUUUAACUGAGCUGCUUGAGGAUGACAUUGUUCUCACCUGUGAAGAUUUAAAGGAAAUCAAUCAUGUUAAAAGCUUUCUUCAUUUUGCAUUACAAAUUGAGGACCUUGGCUCCCUCAAAUUUUUUCUUGGCCUAGAAGUUGCACAAUCUUCGAAAGGUAUAUCUCUAAAUCAAAGAAAAUAUGCGUUAGAUCUCUUGAAUGAUAUGGGCCUGUUGAACUGCAAACCAGCCUCUAGUAUCAUGCUUCCCAAUCUCAAGCUUCAAAAAGAUGAUGGAAAUCCAUAUUCGGAUCCAAAGCUCUAUAGACGUAUUAUUGGUCGCCUUCUUUACCUUACUAAUACACAACCAUAUCUUUCUUUCUCUGUCAAUAAACUCAGUCAAUUUGUUUCAAAUCCCAUGCACUCUCACUUCGUUGCUACUACCCGUGUCUUGCACUACAUCAAAAGUUGUCCUGGUAAAGGACUUUUCUUUUCAUCCUCUUCCAGUUUACAACUUUUUGCUUUCUCAGAUAGUGACAGGGCAACAUGCCCUGAUUCAAGAAAAUCCAUCAUUGGCUUUAACUUUUUUCUUGGCUCCUCCCUCGUUUCUUGGAAAUCAAAGAAACAAACUGUGAUUUAUCGCUCUUCCUCCGAAGCAGAAUAUCGAGCUCUUGCACAUACAACUUGUGAAAUACAAUGGAUUCUCUACAUUCUCAAGGAUCUUCAUAUUCAUGUCCAUACUCCUGUCUCAAUUUACUGUGAUAGCAAAUCAACAAUCUAA